AUGGUUGAAACUAUUACUAUUUUCGUCUUAGCCAUCUUUGUUGGUUACUACGUGGUUUGGGGUGUAACCCCUGCAUUGCAUACGCCAUUAAUGGCUGUAACCAAUGCAUUGUCCUCAAUUAUCGUUGUAGGUGCGAUGAUACAAACUGUUGGAAUUCCUGGUGUUGUAGACGCAAGUGUACAAUUCCAGUCCGUGAAUGUUGUUAGUGUACUUGGUGCAAUUGCAGUGUUCUUGGCAAGUAUUAACAUUUUUGGUGGCUUCGCAGUGACUGCACGUGCUGUCCUUUUUAUCUUAACUUUACGUGGUCUUUCAGGUCCUAAAACUGCGAUUGCUGGUAACCGUUACGGUAUGAUUGCCAUGGCGAUUGCGGUAAUCACCACAUUCUUUGUCGCAGAUCAUCCUGUUGUAUGGAUGAUUGGUGGUGCAAUGGUGUUGGGUGCAAUUGUCGGUAUUGCACGUGCACGCACAGUUCCAAUGACACAAAUGCCAGAAACAGUGGCAUUGAUGCAUUCACUUGUUGGUUUGGCUGCGGUAUUAAUUGCAAUUGCUGCAAUUUUACAUAAUAACCAACUUACAGCUUUGUUUGCGCAAAACGAAUCUGCUUUAACCGCUGCUGGUGUACAGCAUGCGCAUAUGAGUAAAGUUCAUUUAUUUGAAUUAUUCGUCGGUUGUUUCGUUGGUGCGAUUACCUUUACUGCAUCUGUAUUUGCUUAUGGUAAGUUAGCUGCAAAAAAAUGGGCAAAAACCAUUUCAGGUGCUUGGGUUAAACCCGUUCAAGCGAUCAUUUUCCUGGCUAUGCUGGCGUGUGGUGUGUACUUCUUUACCACAGGCAAUAUGCAAGCAUUCUGGGCAAUGACUGCAUUGGCGCUGGCAUUUGGUUGGGUUUGGAUUGCACCAGUCGGUGGCGGUGAUAUGCCAGUUGUGGUUUCACUACUGAACUCAUUCUCUGGUUGGGCUGCGGCAGGUAUUGGUUUCACACUUGAAAACAACAUGUUGAUUGUUGCUGGUUCACUGGUGGGUUCAUCAGGUGCGAUUCUGUCUUACAUCAUGUGUAAAGCAAUGAACCGUUCAAUCAUCAAUGUAUUGUUUGGUGGUGCGAUGGGUGGUACGGCUGUAGCAUCGGUUGAUAAAGGUGAGCAAGUUCAACGUAAUUACCGUUCUGGUUCUGCGGAUGAUGCGGGCUUCUUGAUGUCAAAUGCUGACAGCGUUGUGAUUGUACCGGGUUAUGGUAUGGCGCAAGGUCGUGCACAAAACGCAGUGAAAGAAUUGUGUGAAAUCUUGAAAGAGCAAGGUGUAACAGUUCGUUUUGCAAUCCAUCCAGUUGCGGGUCGUAUGCCUGGUCAUAUGAAUGUAUUGUUAGCGGAAGCUGAUGUUGCAUAUGAAGACAUCUUGGAAAUGGACGAGAUCAACUCUGAUUUCCCAGCGACUGAUGUUGUACUGGUAAUUGGUGCGAAUGACGUUGUUAACCCAGCGGCUAAAGAUGAUCCAACUUCACCAAUUUAUGGUAUGCCGAUUCUUGAAGCACAUAAAGCACGUACCAUUAUGGUGAUCAAGCGCUCUAUGGCAACAGGUUAUGCAGGUUUAGACAAUGACUUAUUCUACAAUGACAAAACCAUGAUGAUCUUUGGUGAUGCUAAGAAAGUUGUUGAAGAGAUGACAAAAGCAAUCAAUGGUGGUGGGCACUAA